UCAGUCUGCAAGAGGCCACCCAUACACUCAAAAGAUUAUUUCGUUUCUUUUCGUUUCUUUCUUUUCGUUUUUUUUUUUUUUUUGGUGAUGGUAAUAUACUUGGACAUUUUUAGUUUUUAGCCCCAUAAGUGUGUCCCAUAUUCCUUCAUUAUUGUCUCCCUCCAUGUCGUGCGUAAACGAGUGCGCCUCCCGAAUAAAUUCAAGUCCCUCCCAGACAGAAGCUGCUGCCGCUGUUCUGCGAGGUUGUUCUCAUCCUCGUGCAGUUCUGUGACUUUAUUCAUUCGUUCAACUUGAUCUCUACCUCCAUUCUGUAGAUUUUAAUUACUGCUUCCACGGGGAAAGCUUUUGGAUAACCUCAACACCUACUGUGGGGGGUCGGCAUCCCGUAAUGAACGCGUCAACGUUUGAAAGACCGGAUCAACGCUAGAAAAGCCGCGUUGCGUAUGAGUUAAAUCCUUCACCGUUACGCAUGAAUUAAACCCUCACCUGUACAGGAUGAGGGUAACCUUUGGCUCUCUGGUCAUCUCAGCCGGCAUCUGCGGGAUUCUGAGCUUCGCUUUUUUGGCGACUUCCCUCGGAACCGAGUAUUGGUACAUCAUAGAGAUGAAUCCUAUGAACAUCAGCGACAUUGAGGACAUGAGCUCCCACUCGGGACUGUGGAGCAUCAACGAAGGUGGGAAGAUGUACGCAGACUCUAUUGACUCUUUCACAGCUGACUACUCCAGGUACUCUGAGACUGAGCUCCAGAUGCUGAGCAUGCACAGUGCAAUAGUGGUUUUGCUUCCCUUCAGCCUGGUCCUAUUGCUGUUUGGUGGCAUCUGUGGAUUGGUCAGCUCCCUGGCUCGGAGCCCUGUCCUCCUCACCGGCACGGCCUCCUACUUCUUCAUCUGCAGUGUGUGUAUGUGUGUGAUGCAUCGCUCUCCAGGCCUGCUGACCCUGUGUGGUGUGGGCCUCUACAUCAUCUACUCGUACCAGGCCCUGGCUGAGACGGAGAGGCUGGUGGGGCCAGAGGGGCUAGCCAAUAUUCACACCUCCUUCGGCUGGUCUCUGGGUCUGGCCUGGCUCUCCUUCAGCCUGGAGCUCCUCGCCGGUGUACUGCUGCUCGUAGCUGCUCAAAUGGCCAAGUUGCAGAAUAGCAGUCCCACCGUGGCCUGACAUUUAGGAUGGGCAUUGAACAGUACUGAACUGUAUGUGUUGCUGCCAUGUGGUUGUGCCUUAGAACAAGGUAACAAACAAUAGCUGGACAGUAUUAAGGCUUUGACAAAAUACAAAGGUUGAACUAAAGAUGUUUUGGAUUAUUUUAAAAGAGUGUUUCCUAAAUUUAAUGUCCUUAAAUCUGCUUCAGAUUGGAGAUUGACAUUCUGAUGAUUUACAGUAAGUGAAGUGGUGGACUACUGAGUUAAAUUUGACCAAUUGCGCCCUCUUGAGGUGAGAAUUGAAGUAGCUCCUCAUAUCUAUUCAGUGCACCUGACCAGGCUGAUGGUCAUACUGUAGUAACUUAAUCUGUGCCAAACUAAAUUGACGAGUUUACAAUUUAAGAUUAUUUCAUGUUACCAUAAAUCUAUAGAUACAUUUUUAUUCUCUCAAUAUUUCACAUAAACAUUGUUAUAUUUUUAGUAAUGCAGAUCAAUGUGAUGUAAGCUGUAUUUGUUUGUUGUUUUUGAAUGUUUACAGUUAGAACACCAUAAGCUAAACUGUGCUGUACGUGUUGUAUAUAUCAUUGUGCUAUGUUAGAGGUUUUCUGUUGAAAUUGUGUAAAAUGUUUCUUACAUGUGACUGCAGCUUAAAAAUGUUACACUACUGCAGCGACUUAUUGUCUGUAUUUUGAGCCCAUUGAUCUUACCACUUAAUUCUUCAAGUCCUACCUGUUCCUCUGUCCCUUCAGUACUACACAACAGUGUCUGUAUCAGUGUUUUUUCUUGGUAACCAGUUUUACCUUUUAGUUUUAUCUGAUGAAUGAGAAGGUUAGUUUGUCAUACAGUUAAUCUGUCAUGUUUAUAUAAAAUGACUCUCAUGCAACAAUCAUACUUGAACAGCAGAUUCUGUUUUGCUGUUUAUGAGCUAUAAUCUUGCUCCUAAUGUGUGCAUUCAACAUGCUCUUAUCUCUCAUGUUUCUGUCAUAAAACCUUUGUUGUGCAUUUGUGCAACUGAUUUUUCUUUUAACAUGAACAUUUCUUCUGUUAAUAUUCUGAAAUACCUCUCACAAAGUGCUAUUUUUAAUUAUCUGUGUCAAUUGUCAAAUGUAUUUCUUUCUGCAAGUAUUGCCAAUUAAAUUUGCCAUUUUUCCACUGUA